ACAAAAAGGAAGCAAUUCACCAGUAGAUAUGAAGCGAUUUCCCGCGAGAACAACGAAAAAGGAUAACGUUGUUUUCGAAAGUCCGCACAUAUAGUCACCCAUCUCAUAAUUAGGGUGUAAGUAGGCUUUAAUUUAGCUUGUAGCAAUUGAGCAGUACACGAAUGAGCAUGGAUAGAGAGUCUAUGUUGCUACUGCCCAGUGUGUGUGCACUACUUGCAGACUGCGACAAGCCUUUGCCCGAUGACACUAGCCUGGAGAAACUUCUGGACCGGCUCACGGAACUCUCCGAGUGUGGCGUGUCACUUCCGGAGAGCUGCCCAUGUCUGCUUGACUUCAUCGCCACUGUGUCCUACAACACCACUUGUGACCCCAGCAUCAUCUCCUUCGCUCUCAAGCUCAGCGGCCUGAUGGCAGCCACAGACGAUGGCUUCAGAGCCUUGCAGCAGGAGCGCUUGACGCUGGACGUCUACUUUAACAUUCAGCACUGGCAGGAUGCUGGACUCUGGGAGGAUCCUUGUAUACGCAUUGGUUGGAUUCAGGGUUUAAGGAGGAUGCUACUGCACCAAAAGGCGCUGUGUUUUUUUGUGCUGUCAGGUUCCAUCACGACCCUCUUGCAGCUCCAGACAGAUACAAGUCUAUUUGUUGCUUCAGCUGCCAGCCAAUUACUGGCCCACAUCCUGAUCACUUUUCAGGCUGCACCUUCAUCAAGUAACAUGACCUAUAAAGAAGAUGCAAGUAUGAAAUCAUCCAUUGCAUCACUGCACCCUGACUUCAGCAAAGACGCCUGUCCACAAUACACAGAUGUUGUGCGGCAAAUCUCAGACUACAUAAAAGAGUCACUGGUACCCAAAGACUGUACACAGGUACCUCGCAGCCUGCAGGUCCUCAAGCUGCUGGCUCUGAUCCUGGACCGGGCUGUUCCUCCUCUUCGGGAGCAGCUGCUCCAGGCAGUUGCAGGUUCCCUGGAGGAUCUGGUGGAGAUGGGCUACAGUCACCUCACACCAGCUCUCAUGGACGUUAUUAUGGCCGUAUAUAGCUCUGACAUUGAUGAAGGCGCACGUCUUCUGUCCUUCAUGUUGAGUGUCAACAAACCUGCUGACCUCAUUCACGCUGCGGCCGCAUUUCUCCAUCGAGACCACCAUGAUGCUGUCAACUCAACCCAGGCAGUGAAAAUCCUCCUGAUGCCUAUUCACAUUUGUACUGACAACUCCCUUCUGGGCACAGUUCCUGCAGAAGACAGGCAUCACAAACUCAUUUCGGCUCAGCUGAAGAGUAAAACCUCAUUCAUCUCCAUGGUCUGUGUCUGUCUGAGAAACGCACCGCAAAUGGCGCUCAUGCCUCCGAAUGUCCUCCCAUGUCCCCCGGCUUUAAUCGUCCAUGCUGUUGUGUCAUUGCUGAGAUGCUGCAAUGGUGACAUCUCAUCCUCUAAUGGCUGUAGUGAUGAGGCUUUCAGGUGUAUCGUUGCCUGUGGCAAAGUUCAAAAAUGUGCAUUGGAUGCUUUGGCUUCCCUCAGCAGCAGCCCAGGGGCUAACACCGCAAUGGAUGAGGUGUUUCAAGUUCUGAUACUGUAUAUGGGAAACCCUGAUUCGGAUCCCACUGUUCUGCACAAGUCCUACAAGGCCUUAAUACAAUGGAUGAAUCUUUGUGCGGACCUCCCAUCAAUUUCACAGCAGCUCAGAGAAGAUGUUAUGAUGACAGUAAAGAAGCGUGUAUGUGACCCACGCUGGGAGGUAAGAGACUCAAGCGUGGAGUUUUUGGCGCAGCUAGCAAAUGUCCUCUCGCUCAAAUCAACGGACAAGCUGUCUGAAGACCUGCUGAAGGCAUGCAGUACUACUCCCCUCCUCAAGGCGGCACUGCAGGAUCCUGAGAGCUACGUGAGAGCCAGCGCCAUCUCUGCACUGGCAGGGACUCUUGCACCCAGCUGGCGGCAGGGGGCAGCGCUGCAUCGGGACGAGGCCGACAUCGUGAGCCAGCUGCUGGACAUUCUCAGUGAGGACACAGAAGGCUUUGCCCGGCGUGCUGUAGUUCAGUACUUCAUUUCUUGGUUCACCUCAUGCUCCUCACCACCUUUGUCACAGUCCUCUCUUCUCUCGGACUCUGUGCGCACCGUCCUAUCCCGAGGCAGCGUGGAUCUGGACUGGGAGGUCAAGCUCAACACUUUGGAACUGGCUGAGCUGCUGCUUGACACUGCCCUUUCAGGCCACCCAGGUUACAAGAAGUGUUGGGUCCCAGAGAACGGCAGCGGACACCCCUACGCCGCACUUCCUGACAGGGCAUAUGCACUUCACACAUGCACAAAUGGACAGGAUGCUACUUUAGAUUCUGCGUUAAGUUUUUUAGUGGAUCAAGGCGUCAUCUCUGCAUUGUUAAGCGGUCUGGUUGACUGCGAUCGACCUGUUGGACUGAAGGCUAGUCGCCUCCUGAUAACCGUCAGAGACACAGUCUGCCCCCUGUUGGCAGGGACCACGGAUGAGAGGACUGCAAUGGCACCCAGCGUGUCCUGUGAACUGCCCAGAUGUGACUGGGGGAAAGAGAUCAGAAAGAUGCUCAAGAGGACGUCCAGUGAGGAAGAUGAGGGCCAGCGUGUUAGUGUGUGCAAGGUGUUGACCUCUCUGGGCUUAGAUGAAUGUUUGGUUCUUCUGAGCCAAAGCAGUGACCACGUUCACAACUCCUUCCUGUCUCUGCUGCAGGACAUCCUGAGCACCCGUGCAGAUCACAGAGGCACAGACACUGACGGAGAUCAAGGGGUUAUCGUGGACUGCUACUGACUCAAACAUACAAUACAGUCUGACUAUAAGGGACAUUUGCGGGGCUCCCUCUGAGUUUUUGGAAGACACGCUAGUGUCAAUCUUAUUCUCAAUCUCACUUCUAAGUAUGAAAAUCGUGAUUCUCAUUUUUUGCAGAAUCAUGCAGUGCUAGAAGAGACACAGAUAUCUUAAAAGUGUUAUAAUCAUUAGACAAAUGGUUAAUGGCUUAUGGACAAUUACGUAGUUGCCAAGUCUUGGCCAUGCCCCUGUAAAGGACAUGGGUUGAAUAACAGCGCCACCAUGUGGAGUACUUGUCAGAAAAAUAAGCACAGGCAACAUGGAUGCCUGUUUUGACAAACUUUCACAGUGUGCAGCGGACAGCCUACAAAAACAAACACGUACAGUUGUGAAAAAAAUGAGUAUGCCCCAUUCGGUGUCCUCAUUUUUUCACGACUGUUCAUGGUCUAUGGUGGCCGAGCUCUUAUCUAAAGGAUUAACUCUACAAAUGGGUUUUCCUUUUUCUGAGGCUUUUGUGUGUUUUUGUUUUGCUACCGAUCAGUCCAGGGUGUACCCCGCCUCUCGCCCAAAGUCAGCUGGGAUAGGCUCCAGCAUACCCGCGACCCUAGUGAGGAUAAGCAGCAUAGAUGAUGGAUGGAUGGAUGUUUUGCUACCACAGAAGUGAGCCAGUGAUGCCCUGCACGAAAAGUGUAAUGAUAACCAUACAACAGAAUAUGAAAUUCUCUGCGAUAUUGGAAAGGGUUUGGCUUGACUCCAGAACAAAUUAUUUCUAUUUCCAAUUUGUUUUAAAAUCAGAACAACGUUGACAUCAACAAACAGCGGGGAAUGGAGUUGUUUUAGACUGUACAGCAUUAAAAAAGAACAAAUUAAUUGAAUUUUUAAUGACCCAGAUCACGUCAAACAUGAAACAAUAUGCGACUGAUGUCGCAUAUUUUUGUUGUGUCUUUUGUAACAUUAAAAUGGUAGAAAUUCACAUUGUAAUCACCCUUUUCUAGUCUAAAGUAAAUUAACCUCAGUGUUACAUAAUGCUAAAUAAUGAAAUGCGAAGCAGGGCGCUUGUGUCCUCUGUUGGAUAGUGGGAGGCAGAUUUUACAUGCGGUUAUCUAUUUAUAGACAUGCCUUUACAAACAUAAUAAUGCUCAGUUUUGAUUAUGUCAGAGAGGUAUUGUCGUAUAGUUGUAAGUGGUGUGGACCUGUGGGGCAUCAUACUAAGAGCUGUUUCCAAUAUUUUGGCUGUUUUGCUACACAAGCAUUAAUAAAUACAUUAUUAUAUUUUUAACGACAGUUUAAAAAUGUAUUUAUUUUUUUUAACAGCGUUUCAAUUUUUUUUAUUGAAUUUAAUUUCAGUGUUCAAGAGGGCCUAAUGUUUUGACGGACUAGCAAGCGAUCACUUGAUGUUAUGCAGAAAUGUAUUUUAUACAAAAUU